UGGAUAAUAAAAAAACAUUCCUUAUCUGUUAAUACGUUUGAAAUCUGAGAAAAAUACAAUGAAGUUUUACUCAUUGAUGGGUAUAUCUUUAUAUUUCAGGUUCUUGGGAUUAUUCCUUUCAUUUAUUAAUUGUCUUAUCGAUUACAGGGUCCCAUAAAGAAAGAUUUUAGCAUUAAUUUUUUUUACUUUGUAGAACGCAUAAUUUAAAGUGUCUUUAUCAUUUGAAGCUAUAGAACACAUUUGACACUGUAGAUUCAGCCUUAGGUACCUACAUUAACUUUUCGCUUCUUGUUUGAUCAUUUUCUAAAGAGCGGAUGUUUUUCGGAUGUUUUCUUCAGAAAAUCUUUUUCUACUUCCUAAGCUAAAGACAUUUCCCUUUUAUUUUUAGUAAAGAACAUGAUAGCUGCGUGUUUUUCUCUUAUUUUAAUGAUAUCAACAGAGACGGCAACUUUGUCGACAUUCAGAAGACUUAACUCUACAAAAGUGAUUUCAAAGAGACAAGUACAAACAUCAUGUGAUAAAGGAUGGUACCCUUUUGAAAAUAGGUGCUAUAGGGCUGGAGGUACUAAGAAGAUGAGACUAACCUGGGAAAAAGCAGCUCAACAUUGCAAGAAGCUUGGUGGGAGACUAGCUUCGAUACAUUCACAAGAACUUUCAGAUUUUUUAACAGCUUUUGUAUUGCUGGACGUGCAAUACACUUCAUGGAUUGGACUUAAUGACAGAGACAGAGAAUCUGAAUAUAAAUGGGAUGAUGGAACAGAGGUUGAUUUCACGAAUUGGGAACCCAGUGAACCAUCGGGACACAGUAACCCAAAGGAAGACUGUGUAAAUAUGGUAUAUAUUUCUGGAAGAUCAGACGGAAGAACAGGAAAUUGGAAUGAUUUGGAAUGCGAACAAGAAAGAGAGCUGAUUUGCCAAAGAAACAAAAGAAAACAAAUCAGGAAACAUACAGAUCCCAGGUUUUGUCCUUCACGUAUUGGGGGAUGGAGACUGGGAAUAUCCUGUUAUCAUGUAGUUUCUGAAAAAUUGAGUUGGCAGGAAGCUGAAGCAUAUUGUAUAGAUAAACAUGACGGUCAUUUGUUGACUAUCAAGGAUUUUAGAGUUAAUCUGUUUAUACAAUAUAUAUUGCGAAACUACACAGAAGAUGUUUGGAUUGGUAUUAAAAUCAAAGAUGAACUUCAACAACAGUGGUCCUCAGGGUGGUACGUUUCUUUCAACGACUGGAUGGAAGAACCAGGAAAUUUUUCAGAAGGAGCUUGUGCUAUUCGAACAGUAAACAAGUGGACAACAAUACCUUGCAGAGAACGCAUGUCAUUUAUCUGUGAAAUUUCAACAGUUUCAGAGACUGUACCAUCUUUGGCAUCAUAUGACGAGCUAAUUUGUCCCAAUGAACCCGUCGGUUGGAGAGAUUUUGGAGGUGAAUUUUGUUACUAUAUUGAUACCAACCAUGUCACAUGGUAUGAAGCUAAUUUCAGAUGCAUGAGGCGAGGUGGUACACUGGCCAGUUUUCAUUCUCAAACUGUACUGGAUAUUUUGCAUCCGUUCUUGAUGAUUCAUUUCACUAAAGCACGAUUCAAUUCAUGGAUUGGACUUUAUCGACACAUGCAAUACGAGGAAGAAUUUGUAUGGGCAGAUGGAUCACCAUUAAAUUUCACAGCAUGGGCUAUUGGUGAGCCAAGUUUUGAGAAUGAACAAUGUGGUGAAGUGAAUCCUCAAACCAUGGAGUGGUACAACUAUUUUUGCAAUCAUCACAGACCUUUCAUUUGUUCUGUUCGGAAAAUCUCCUCAAAUAGGACGGCAAACAGUGAAGUUCGAGUUCCUUUAUGUGUUUUAGGUAGAUACACUACAGAAGAUUUAUUUGGUGUUAUACUCUGUGUUCUGAUUAUUGGUAUUCUUCUGGGAGUUGUUAUUUACUAUUUCUGCCGCCAUUACCAAAAUGAACAGCGAGCAAGGAAGGCAUCUAGAGUACCUGUACAACCUUCGUUGCGAGAUCAAAUGCCCAAAUACAGAUCAGCUAAUGAGAUUGUGAUUGCCAGUGACGUUUAAGAAAAUGUGAACUGAAAUCCAACAAUAUUUUAUGGAAAUGCUUUAAAAGAUUUAUUCCUUCAAGUGUCAAGCAGAAAAAAGAAUCAACUAAGAACUACAGCAUUUAAUGUAUACUUAUACUUAACCUUACGAAAAAAUAAGGCGUUUUCGAGGUUGUUUUGUGAUUGACAAAUGUAUUCCAAGUCAACUUCAAAUAAACCUCAAAUCAACUUUA